AUGCCUGGGGAUAUUGAGAGUGGCGCGAUGGCAUCGCAGGCUGAGUACCACAUGAGGCAUGUCCCAAAUACACAUGACGAUGGGGACAUCGACCCGUUGGAGGUGGACACCCCUAGCAAGGAAGCCUACGAAACAGAGGAAGAGAUCCCGCUGGUGGAUGAAAUCGACCAUCCUGAUGCCGUUGAUGCCUUCGGUCCUCGGACCCGGCAGCUGCCUGUGUGGCUACGAUACCCCAGAAACUUCUUCCGUGCUUUGAUACCAAGCUUCCUCAAGGCCUCGGAUCCAAACGCCGUCCAAAAGCCACUUCAUCCCACAGCAUGGCUUGACGGUCUCCGUGGCGUAGCUGCCUUCUUCGUGGUUUGUCACCACUGGUCUCUUGUCACGGCCAACAUGAACAUUCACCACGGCUUCAUGAGCGACGACAACCCGAUGUUCAUCCAGCUCCCCAUCAUCCGCCUCAUGAUAUCGGGCUUCUGGUCCGUCUGCGUCUUCUUCGUCAUAUCCGGCUUCGCGUUGAGCUACAAGCCUCUGAAGCUCCUCAGUCAGCACCGGACGGCUGACUUUGCGACUGCGGCCGCCUCGUCGACUUUUCGUCGGCACAUUAGACUGUUUCUGCCGCCCGCGGUAACAACCUUUGUGAUUUCGUGGAUUUCCUACUUUGGCUGGUUCGAGAUCCCGACGUCGGGAGUGGCCGUGCCGGCCCUGAGACCGCCCCGAUUCCCCAACAUCUACGACCAGCUCUGGGACUGGGCGAUGCACCUCAUCGGGCUUUCAGAUCCCUUCGGGAGGAACCUGCAGAGGGGCGAAGGGUACCCCUACGAGCCCACGCUCUGGACGAUACCCAUCGAGUUUGACUGUUCUCUGGUCAUCUUCCUCGCCCACGUUGCGUUUUCCAGGUUACGGACCCGAGUCAGAAUCUUCCUGAAUGUAUUCCUCGUGUCCUACACCCUCUACUUCAACUACUGGCAGUACUUCCUGUUCCUCGCCGGGCUCCUGUGCGCGAACCUGCACUUUUACUGGCUGCCCGCCCUGGGAAACACCUUGCCGUACGUAGCAGCCCCGGGUCAACCGGGACGAUUCGCCCGGCUGAGCUUCUCGCUCAUGUCCUCGCCCACUUACAGCAUAAGCAAAAAGAUUGUCGGCUCGCUCUCCUUCUUCGGUGCGCUCUGGCUCCUCUCGUUUCCCAAGGGCACAGGUACGGCCGGCCUCUCGCCGGGAUACAAGACGCUCGUCGCCAUGACGCCUGGGCGCUACGGCGAGGGCGAGUACCUCUGGGUGCCCGUCGCGUCAGCCUGGCUCGUCUUCACCGUCGACCGGUCCCCGUUCCUGCAGCCCCUCUUCACCAACCGCUUCAUCCAGUACUUUGGCCGCAUCUCGUACGCGCUGUAUCUCGUCCACGGCUCGAUGCUGUGGCUGUAUGGCUGGCACCUUGUGCGGUUCUUCACGGGGUUGACAGGCGCCGAGACGGAGGGGCAGUUCACUUUUGGGGUCCUCUUGGCGACGUGCUUCUUUAUACCUGGCGUGGUGUGCGUGGCCGACUUCACGCAGAGGAAUCUGGACGCCAAUGCUGUCAAGUUUGCCGCUUGGUUUGAGGGGAAACUGAUUGAUAAGACCAAGUAG